GCCGGCGCGUGGCGCCGCGGCCGUGGCCGCGGCGGCGGCCGCGGGCGGAGUCGCCGCCCGCAGCGGCGGAAAGGACGAAGCGCAGCACUUCGGAUCGCGAGUCACCUGCGAGCGCGGCAAGCUGCGGCCCGGCACUGGCCAGGCAUCGGCGCUGCACCUCCGCUCGGCGCGCGCGGACCUGGAGGCGGCGGUGGUGCAGAGCGCUGCGCAGCGCAGCAGGCGCUCACCGCACUCGGUGCCCGCUCGGUCCAGGCGCUGGGCUGGCCGGGGCGGCGGGGCCCGCGCCUUGUGCGCUCUGCAGCUGAAGGUGGUAGAGGACGAGGAGGGGGAGGAGGCGCAGGUGGAGGUGCCGGCGCUGGCAGUGGGUAGGCACCAGCUCACUUCCUACCAAUUCAAGCAGAGGCGAAGCGUCCUAGCUCGCCUAUAGGCCUGCCAAAGCAUGUUCUAGGAACCUUUUGUGGUCUGCAAGAAAUGUUCGUAGAGCUUUUCUGGCUGAUACCGUCUUGUGUAGGAUUCCCAGUCGCAUGCAUGCACGCUGGAGAGGACGGCCACAGCAUGCUGUGGCCGUCUUCUCUCCCGCGCUGGCCUGGCCUGUCGCCUGUUCCCGACCUCUCGACCCGUGCCCCGCAGCUCGUUCCAUGCGCUCCCGCAUGCGACCUGGCGCGCUCCGUCGCGGAGCUCUUGGCGCGGAAAAGAUGCGCACGCGUGGCACCUGGCAGCCGUUUCUUGCACGCCUUUCGGUCGGACAUAUUCUUCCAUGCAGGACAUCGACCCCGAGGAAGUCGGAGGUUGAUAGACCUCCUACCCUGACACGUCGAUUCAGGAGUUGGCCGUUUUCGGUUCGCGGGAGGGCGGCGCGGCCGUCAUUUUUGCG